AUGUCAGAUAUCCGUCAAAAGAGCAUCGACUUUCUCAGCGACUCGAUCGCGGCAGCCACUGGUGGGCAGGCAGCCGACUCGGCAGCCCAACAGCUCGAACAGGCCAUCUACGACAAAGCGGGCCAGUCGACGUCCAACGACUACCGUGGCGAAGUCCGUAGCAUCGGCCUGACACUCAAGAAGGACAAUCCACAGCUUGCGCAGGAUGUGGUGCAGGGUCGCAUCGCCCCAACAGAUCUCGUCAACAUGUCGCAAGAGGAGAUGAAAACCGAAAAGCAGGCGCAGGAAGAUGCCGAGCUUCGGCAACAAAACCUGGACGCGUCCGUUGGUGUGGACGAGCUGGAUCCACAGUACGGCACCAUGUCCACCUCGCAAUCGCGCAUGCAAGAAGAGGCCACCUACGGCGAAGCAGGCGAGGCCUCGUACGACGGCGGCGCAGAAGGCGAAUUCAAGGCACGAGCCCAGCCCAAAGUCGGAGAGGCCAUGCGCGGGAUCGAGUUCGAAACCGGCGGCCUUUGA